AUGGCUGUUCAGACUCCUAAGCAGAGGUUGGCCAAUCAGAAGUUCGCCAAGAAGAAUGAAAAGCACAGGAAGUUUGGUAAGAAGAAGGCAAAGGGCGAUUCGCAAACCGGGUUUACGAUCUCUAAACCAUGGCUGUUGUUGCUGGCGUUUUUGAUUAUUGGCGGCGGGAUCAUCGAAUUGGUAAGUUAUCUGCUUUAA